CCAGAGAGAUGAUCUAAAGCUCUCUCGAUCCACUUCAACACAAAAAUGGAAACUUCUAAAAACUCCACAAACUCAUCACUAUUCCAAUGGUUAGGUCUUUUAGAAGAUUCUGAUGAUCAACCUCCUGACUCUACCCAUCCUCGAGUCAUAACCCUCCUCGCUUCUAUCCUUGAGAAGAUGAUUAAGAAGAACAAAAAACCACUCCACACAAGACAAAACAAGUUUAUAAGUUUACUAACGUCUGAAAUUACUCUUGUGCAUAUAGUUUCUAGAUCCUCCGUUCUUAUAUUUGAAUCUCAUGGCGACAGGGAUGACGAGAUCACGAUGUUCCAUGGCUCAAAAGCACCAUCGAUGAGCAUUUAUCGCUACACAGAGAGAAUCCACAGGUACGCUCAGUGUAGCCCUGCGUGCUUCGUGGCAGCUUUCGCCUACAUCCUUAGGUAUCUACAGAGACCAGAGGCUACAAGUACGCCUCGUCGUCUAACAUCACUCAACGUUCAUCGCCUCCUCAUUACCAGUCUCUUGGUCGCAGCCAAAUUCUUGGAACGCAAGUGUUAUAACAACGCGUAUUAUGCAAAAAUCGGAGGAGUGAGCACUGAAGAGAUGAAUAGUCUGGAGAGAAGGUUCUUGUUCGAUGUUGAUUUCAGACUAAAUGUUACAACGGAGAGUUUCGAGAAGCACUGUCUAAUGUUGCAGAGAGAAACGGUGCCUUGUGAUUUAAGAAAACUUAGAACAGUUCUUGGAGAGAUAACUUGUGGCUGCCAAGCGAUUUAAUAUAACAAACAUUGAAUAAUCGUCAUUUCUUCAAUUUGUUGUCAAACUAAUUUAAGUGUUUGUUUUCAUGACUCAUGAGCAAAUAACCUAAAUAAAAAAAGGGACAAGAAAUCUUAAUCUAAUGA